CAUGCAGCAACAAGGUGGUCUGGCUGUUAGUCACACACAUCCGAGCUGAUGUGGAAAAGGAUGCUUUGGCAGCAGUGGCAUUCUUCAAGACCAAUGUGAACUGAAACAUGGGCAGAAAGUGAAGCUGACGCAUCUCAGACUCUUUUCCUUUUUGAGAAUUGAGGAAUGAUGCAUCUGUCUCCUCAUGUAGUGUGUUCCACCUAGUUUCUUUCUCUAAGUGCUUUGACUGGCUUUGGCCUUGUGCUUUUGGUUUACAAAUUACAGACUGGAGAGAAAAAACAAGCACAAAAUGGACGAUCCAUGAUCCUUCUUAGAUGGCAUUUUUUAUUGUAAAGCAAAUUGUCAUAGACCAUAAAACCACAACCCAUUUAGCCAGAACAGUAAAGCCAGAAGCCAACUCCUGCUGUUAAGGUAUUUCCUUGAAAUCAUUUUCUGAGCUUUUCCUCUGGAAAAUCCACCCAAACUUGAAUCUGCCCUAACCAUGAUUUUAAGAAGAAAACUGUACUUAGGCGCUCUGCUAGGAGCUAUUUUGUUUUUAAUGAUAGCUGCUCACACAAUUCAGAAGGCCAGUGUUGUGCCAAUUGCAAUAUUACCCACUCAAAGCACUGUCAGGAUACAGACGAAGAACCAGACACAGUCCCAACCUGUUACGGAGCCAAGGCGAGGCCAUUCCUGUAGCUGUCCAUCUUGUGUAGCAGACACAGGUGUGUCUGAGUGGUUUGACCAACACUACAAUCACAGCCAGCAACCUUACCUCACCGGCAAGGAAAAUGACAUAGAUCCGCUCUCUCUAAAGUGGUGGCUGUCUUUGCAGUCAUCUGACGGGACUAUCAAGGAUGUCACCCAGAAGAUGUUUAAGAUCAUCUCUCCUUCACCUGUGAAUGAGACUCCUCGGCAAAACCAGUGCCGGAAAUGUGCAGUUGUUGGAAACUCUGGGAAUCUGUUAAAGUCCAAAUAUGGAGCCUUGAUAGAUUCCCACACAACUGUUUUUCGAAUGAAUAAAGCCAUAACUACUGGUUAUGAGGUAGAUGUGGGUAACAGGACCACACACCACUUCAUGUACCCAGAGAGCGCAACCGAUCUCGGCCCUGCAGUCCAUCUUAUCCUUCUUCCCUUCAAACUGCAAGACUUGCAGUGGUUGACCAGUGCCCUUUCCACGGGAGAGAUCAAAAUGACAUACAUGAGGGUAAAAAAUCGUGUACAAGCUGAUAAAGACAAGGUGUUAGUUGUAAAUCCAGCCUUCUUUAAGUAUACACAUGACAGGUGGACAGAGCAUCAUGGAAGAUACCCGUCCACUGGGAUAGUUGCUAUUAUAUUUGCUCUGCACCUCUGUGAUGAGGUUUCAGUGUUUGGAUAUGGGGUGGACAAGCAAGGAAACUGGCACCACUACUGGGAGAAAAACAGAUAUGCUGGUGCGUUUCGCAAGACAGGCGUCCACAACGCAGAUUUCGAGGCUGAGAUAAUCCAAAGGCUCAGCAAGGAGGGCAAAAUUAAACUGUUCGGAUGAGCUUAUA